AUGGAGGGACCACUGCACUACAGACAGUUUAGAAACUACGCCAAUCGACGAAAUGUGCUUAUUCGACACCUUAAGGAUAGAUCUAGCCCUUUAGAGGAAUACCACGAUGACGACUUUCGUUUGCAUUUUCACCUUGGAAAGGAUUCAGUCAUUGACCUCGUAAAAAUUUUGGAGAAAGAUCUUCAACAUCAAACAAGGAGAGGACUGCUGCUAACACCAUUUCAAAGGGUUAUUGGCGAUUUAUUUGGUGUUAGUGCAUUUGCUGCAUGUACUGCAGUUGACAAGGUUUCAAGGGCUAUUGCAAAACAAAGAGCACAGAAAACCUGGCUGAUACAAAGAGAAAGUUUUAUGAUGUUGUGCACUUUCCAGGUGUGAUCAGCGCCAUCAAUGGUACCCACAUCAGGAUAAUAUGUCCCAACAAAGAAAAUGCUAUGGCAUUUGCUAACAGAAAGCAGUUUUACUCCAUCAACGUCCAAGCCGUUUGUGAUAGCGAGGCCUUUAUUACUAACAUUGUAGCUCGC